AUGUGCAUUUUACUGACGUCGUCUUUGCACCCUGAGUAUCCAUUCAUUUUACUCUCUAAUAGAGACGAGUAUUUCAGCCGCAAAACAGAAUUGGCCUCAUUCAAAGAUGAGUCACAUACGCAGUUACGACCUAUAGACCUUGCUCGAGAGGAGCAUGGGACUUGGAUAGGGGUGAACAAGGCUGGCAAAGUCGCUGUGCUGGUGAAUUUCCGAGAACCGAACACGGGAGACCCCGUUGGACAAAUCUCAAGGGGUCUUAUACCAGUGAUGUUUCUUGAAUCAAAGCAACCUUCUGACACAUGGGAAAAAGAGGUCGGGGAACAAACUCAAAAUUUUCAAUAUGUCGGAGGAUUCUCUCUGCUAUAUGGAGAGCUGAAAAGAUCGAGCAAUUCUGAGGGUAUUGAACCUCUACACAUAAUUUCAAAUAGAUCAAGCAAGAAAAGCACUGUUCUCAAUGGACGAGCCACCGUGGGACUGUCAAACUCUGAAUUCGAGAAACCAUGGCCCAAAGUACACAUUGGUAUAAGUGUUCUUGAGAAAACUAUCAGGUCCUCAGUCACAGAGAACUGGUCAGAAGAGUUGCUAGUUCAAAAUUUGUUUACAGUGCUUUCUACCCCAACCCCUGAUUCAAGCCAAUGGCAAGGUCUAACGUUUUCCGAAGCAUUCAGUAUGUUCCCAGAAAGUGUAUUCAUUCCGCCGGUGAAGUCUGACACGGGCUCCGAUUACUAUGGCACUAGAACGCAGACCAUCAUGCUACUGAGAAAGGAUGGUUACAUGAAGUUCAUUGAACGCAAUCUCCAUUCAUGUCCAGAUUUGUUUGAGAUACCGCAAAUCAGUGAAUACGGCUUUCAAUUGGACGGCUGGAAAUCUUAA